UUUAACCACACCCUUUCUUCUUCUUCUCCUCCUCCUUCUUUCUGGCUCCUACUAGGGGAAGUCUUGAUCUUGUAUUAUUUCCUCAUCAUCAACGUCAUCACUGUCUCUAUCGACUACUAGUAUACAAUGAAGUUUGAGAAGCAGCUAAGACGUUACGCUAUUGCAGAAUGGGCUGAUAACUACAUAGACUAUCGCCGACUCAAGAAGGCAUUGGCAAGGAGUGUACAUAGGAGUCGUAGAGUAAGCAGUGCCCAUGCACCAUCACCAUCACUCGAGGAUAUGAUGCGGAGAUCAAGGGAGUAUAGUAUGGGAGCCGUCCCGGGCCUGCCUCCACAGCCCCAUCAAAUACUAGGCAUAUCGCCAUCCUCCUUCGUGAAUAGCGAGACAUCGUUGGAUGAAUGGUAUCAGCUAUUAGAACUACAAAUACGGAAGGUUAACAUAUUCUUCGAGUUACAAUACCACGACUUAGAGUCACAAGUAAUUGAGACAGAGAAAUUGGUUCACUCGAUAGAGUCAUCGUCGAGCAGUGAGUCUAGUAUUGGUAUAACCACGGACCCUCAGUACUACCAUCCUGCUCAUCCUGGCCAAUCACCUGUUUACGCCCAAGAAGAGCAGAACAACAACCAUAAUGGCAGACAGAUAGAGUACCCGUAUACUCCCUAUGAAGAGGGUAACCUACAAGCCCCCCUCAUACGAGAGAGGCGUCAUAGAAGUCCUGAGGAGACUCGGAAUGCCCAAAUGAUGAUGCGGGCAGAGAACACUAUAGCGAAUUUAACCGAAAGGAUAGACUUACUAAGGUCAUACUCUAGACUCAAUCAUUUGGCUGUAGCAAAGAUACUCAAGAAGCACGAUAAGGUUACUCGAAUAGGCCUCUCUCAAGUGCUUAUGCCGGAGGUUUCCUCGCAGCCUUUCUAUGAUCUUGGACGUUUGGAUGCUUUGGAUAGCCGUCUGAAGCAUCUGUUGCCGUGUACUAAUCCUAGCGAGGCUGAUCAACAAUUCCUCAAGAGGUUGCGGUACUUUCGUGAGCAUAUGGGUGGUGGCCAUUCGAAAGUGUUACGAGGCUUCUAUAUUGGAGUAUCGGUGAUGUUGAUGAUAGACCUAGUUGUACUCAUAUGUAUACCACACACUAACCCUAACUUUGAUGAAGAGGCUUUCUUUGCCAGUCUAACUACAUUUAGGUUCGUGUUCAUGUCUUCAUUAGCACUGUGGAGUGCCGGUUGGGCUAUGAGUAUUUUGGAGACCUAUUCUGUUAAUUACCUAUUCCUACUGGACUGUGAUCCCAAUAUCGAAGUUAGAUCGGAUACUUUAUUCAACAUCGCCGCGUUACACACAAGUCUGUUUAUCCUGUUCUUUGGAUUGUACGUUGUUGAUUAUAAAUUUGCUAUAUUUGGUUACCAUGGAUACUAUGUAGUAUAUCCGGCUGUACUGCUCUUUUUCUGGCUUGUAUCAAUGCUUUGGCCGCAUGACAUAUUUCGUUUGCGGUAUCGUAAGGGUAUAGUGAUGUCACUAUGGAGGACAGUGAAGGCUCCUUUCGGAGGUUCGGUUACCUUUGCCGAUAACAUUACGGGUGAUGUUCUCACUAGUGCGGUUAAACCACUACAGGUGAUUGUAUAUCAAUGGAGGUUAUACCUCGGACGAUCGUUGUCAAUUCAGGAUUUAGCCAUCGCUUUCUUUUUCUUCUCAUCACCCAUGGACAUAGCUCGUUCUAAAACGGAGAAUCAUCCCAUCCUUAUACCAUUGAUUGCUUUCCUACCAUAUUGGUUCCGAAUGAUGCAAUGUCUCAAUCGAUGGUGGGAAACUGGGGAGACCCGACACUUAUGGAAUUUCGGGAAGUAUUCAUGCGGUAACAUCAUGGUUGUUGUCACCGCUCUGCCACUAAGUGAUUUCCCUUUCUUCUCUGUUUAUACCGAACGUCUAGUCUGGGUAUUUGUUUAUUGCCUAUCAUCUAUGUAUAUGUAUUGUUGGGAUGUUGGUAUGGAUUGGGGUAUAGUUAGCUUCUCUACUACUGAUCACACUGGUAACAUCACCAUUAUCAUGUAAGGUAUCAAUUACUUAUGUACUCAGGGACAUUCUUAUCGAGAGAACAUAUGUUACCACGAUGGAUGUAUGGUGCUGCUGCAUUCACCAAUCUGAUAGGUCGAGUAACUUGGGCUUUAACUCUAAUGCCAGCCCAUACAGUAUUGAAAUCAGCAGUUGGAUCACAGAUCUUGAGAACUGUUGUUGCUGGUAUGGAGAUUAUGAGGUGAUCAUUAUUAUCAACAUCAUUGUUCAUUAUGUUAACUUGUAUACUAGACGAGCCCAGUGGUUUAUCAUUCGAUGCGAAUUCGAACAUCUAACCAACGCAAGCAAAUACCGAUCGCUGCUUUGGGUGCCUCCACUCAUAUCCAAAGAGGAUCUACAUGCUACACGGAAGAGGAUGAAGCCUCUGUUCACUGUAAAUGUGAAAUCGAUAGCAGUGGAUCCAUCCUGGGGUAUAAAAGACACGGCGGUGGCCGCGAUGAACUCUAUACGAUCUCGAGGAGAAUCAUUUGCACCUUGAUAAUCAUCAACUUACAUUUUUCUCAAGUUUCUGCGC